AGCCGCGGACGGAGACGGGAAGGCACGGGCCGUCGCAUCAGCGAGACGCGCUUCACGUGGCGCAGGAGGCGCGGACCACGUCAAGCACCACGUCCACCACAACGGCGAGCUGCAGAGCGCCAAUCAAACGUGUCUCGUCAUCGCGAUCGCCACGGAAGUCCUUCGGCAAGACCAAGUGGAGUGCCGCCAAUGACCGGCCAAGUUCUUUGCUGAUCGCCGGCACAGAGGGGCACAGCGGGGCACAGCGGGCUCCAGUGGGUCCGGGAGUCAAGUGUGACACCGCGUACCGCGGAGUGGCAGGAGCCUAUUUCGCCAGCGUGCGCAGCGUGCAGGGACACUGUGAGUGCCACUCGCCACGCCAGCAGGACAGCCGUUCCCGCGCCGCGGCAUGCGAGCGCCAUGACGGACGAGAGCGAAGAGGACUGCCGGCGGCGUGCCCCCCGGGCCCAGAGGAGCUCGUCGGUGGGUGUGGACUCGGUGGAAGUUCUCAACCAGCUCAACCACAAGCGGGACCUGCGGGAGCUGGGGGCGCCGAGGUACAAGACGGCGGGGCCGUCCCUGUCGGAGCGAUGGCGCAGCUUCCGCCGCAAGCAGCGCGCCAUCUCGGCCAGCGUCUCGGCCAGCGACCUGGAGGGGCGCGGCGUCGACGCGGCCGAGGACGACGACAAGGCCAUCGUGCUGGACGAGAGCCCGCCCUCCGAGGACUACGGCUUCUUUGAGAGCCUGGACUGGCACAUGGAGGACGAGCUGAGCGUGCGCAUCUGCAAAGACACCAUCCGCGGCAACCUCAUGAACCAGAUGCGCGCGGCGAGCGGCGCCACCAGCCCCGUCCACAUGAGCCACAGCAACAGCGGCGCCGGCCAGCCCGCGGUCCGACUCGAGGACCUCGAGAACGGCAAGGUGCCGCCCGACGCCGUGGCAAAGGCGUUCGAGGGCCGCAGCCUGGAGGAGCGCAGCGUGGCGCUGCUGUGGGCCUGCUUCCUGGGCCGCGCCGACCUGGCCAGCGCCGUGCUCAACACGGGCGCCGACCCGCACUGGAUCGAACCCGCCGACGGCCUGGGGGCGCUCCACCUGGCCGCCUUCUCCGGAUCCGUCGAGUGCUCCAAGCUGAUGCUGUCCAAGGGCCUGGACGUCAACAAGGUGCACCGGUCCUUCGCGCCGCUGCACUGCGCCAUGUUCGGCAACGCGGUGGAGGCGGCACGGCUGCUGCUGCGGAGCGGCGCCACGCUCACGCCCAAGCACCCCCAGGUGGCGGCCCUGCACCUCGGCAAGCACCCCACCGCGUCCGCCGUGUCGCUAGCGGCGCUGUCCGUGCCUCUGGCGCCGCCCCUGGGCGACAUGGGGGCGCCCCUCGCGCCCGUCGCCUCGCUGUCCCGCGCACCCACCCCCAGCGCCAGGGACACCAACCAAGCGCAGGCCGGCCAGGCCGGCGCCCACUACGAGUGCCCCCUGCACUGCGCCGUGCGCGCGGGGGUGGGGCCCGCGGCGGGCGACUGCGUGCAGCUGCUGCUCGAGGUGGGCGCCGACCCGCGCUGUGUGGAGCCGGGCGGCGGGGGCUGGACACCGCUCCACAUCUCGGCGGACAGGGGCGCCGUCAGGAGCGUCAAGCUGCUCCUGGACGCGGGCGCGGCGCUGGACGCCACCACUUGGGAGCGCGGGCUGACGCCCCUGCACGUGGCGGCCGAGGGCGGGUGGUCCGAGGUGGUGGAGGUGCUGCUCAAGCGCGGCGCGGACGCGGGGGCGCGGACGUCGCGCAGGCAGACGCCCCUGCACCUCGCGGCCCGCGCGCAGAGCGUGGACAGCGUGGACCUGCUGCUCCGGGAGGGCAAGGGCCGCGCCGACCCCAACGCGGCCGACGCGGACCAGCGGACGCCCCUGCACGCCGCCGUGGGCAAGGCCAUCGGCGCCUACGACAUGGUCGAGGUGUUGCUGAGGUGGCAGGCCGACGUCAACGCCCCGGACCGCUACGGCUUCACGCCCCUGCACCUGGCGGCGCACAACGAGCUGUCGCAGUGCGUCGAGACGCUGCUGUACCACGGCGCCGACGUGAGCGCCAGGACCAAGGGCGGCAUCCCGGCGCUCAGCAUCAUCGCCAGGAAGACGCCCGCCUCCCUGGCCAUGCUAGGCCAGAAGCUGGACGCCGCCAUCAGCAUGCACGACCCGGAGGUGUCACACAGGGAGGUGGAGCUCAAGCUGGACUUCCGUCCGAUCCUGCAGCACUGCCACCAGGACGAAACAUCCUUCCUCAAGACGUUCGUCGACGAGGAGGGCCAGAAACACUUUCUGGAGCACCCGCUCUGCCAGGCGUUCCUGCACCUCAAGUGGCAGAAGGUGCGCAAGCUGUACGUGUUCCGCAUCGUGCUGUGGGCACUGUUCACAAUGCUGCUGACGCUCUACAUCCUGACCGCCCUGGGACACGACUGCUACAAUGAAGGCAAGAACGUUACGCUCACACCAGACUUCUGCUUGAACAACUCCAUGGUCGGGACGCUCUUGAGGGAAAAUCCUACUUUCAUAGAAAUAGAAUGGUAUAUUUUGGUGUUCCUAGCGUUAUGUGAGAUUAUGCGCAAGACUAUUUGGAUAUCAGCAUACAGUUCACCCUACCAAUAUUUAGCACAAUCCGACAACUUAAUUGAGUGGCCUGUGCUUGCAAGUGUGUUUGCUGUUUCUUUCAUAUAUUCAGGCAAAACAUAUGGGUGGCAAAAUCAUGUUGGAGCAUUCUCUGUUCUCUUUGCAUGGAUCAACCUCAUGGUGAUGAUUGGCCAAUUACCAGUGUUUGGGACUUACGUGGCAAUGUAUGUAAGGGUGCAAACCGAGGUUGCCAAACUGCUAAUGGCCUACGCCUGCCUUCUCAUUGGAUUCACUAUCACAUUCUGUGUCAUGUUUCCAGAAACACAAACUUUUUCUAAUCCUUUUGUGGGAUUCAUAAAAGUUCUAGUGAUGAUGACUGGAGAGCUGGACUUUGAGGACCUAUUAGAUGGUGAUAGCACUGGCAGUAAGCCUGCUCUGCUGCUAAGUGUGUCAGCUCACCUAACAUUUGUUCUUUUUCUCCUAUCUGUAACUGUAGUGUUAAUGAAUCUCAUGGUUGGCAUUGCUGUACAUGACAUACAGGGUCUCAAAAAGACAGCAAUUCUGUCAAAACUAGUGCGUCAAACAAACCUCAUUUCUUAUAUAGAGCGUGCUCUGUUUAAGGGAUAUUUACCCAGACAUGUACAGAAGUUAUUACGACAAUCAGCUCUUGUGUCCCCAUCUGGAUAUAGAGUUGUUUUACAUGUAAAACCAUUAAAUCCUAGAGAGGUAAGACUACCAAAGCCAGUGUUAGCAGCUGCUUACGAUGUAGCGAAACAAAGACGGAAAGGCAACCGUACAAUUUCAUCUUAUGGAUCUCAUCGACCAAUAUGGCACGGACACAAAAAUGGAUCGCAAUCACAUAUCAACCAGCUGACGCAGGAAGUGCGUGAGCUUAAAGAGACUGUGAGAGAAUUGCUAAUGACACUCAACCCAGACCAUGAAUUACUAGCAUUUAGUUAGAUAUUAAAUAAAAACCUCAAUCAAUGGGGAACAAUAGGCGCCCCACACCUGCUGUGAUAUAAAGACAAAUUAACUUUGAAAGUUAAACAAUGGAGUUAAGGUGCUACAAAUUUUGUAGGAAAUCACAUUGUUCUGAAGCAAACAUCCUAUUCAGUGAUACUUAUUGUUGUUUUUUUUUUACAAAUAAAACCUUGCAUAAGCUACAAGGAAAAAUUGUUGGUACUAUUAUUACGUUCAAGAUGAUGAUGCUGCUAACAUGAGAAAACAUGCCACCAAAGACAAUACUAUCUAAAUCUGAUCUAAUAAAAAAUAACUGGUGCUACCGUAAA